AUGUGCUUUCCUGAUGAGUUAAACCCGGUUGCGGUUACUAUCGAUCUGAUCGACGUCGUCCACGAAAUUCCGAGAAAUGAAACCAUCGAGUCAUCAGUUGUUGUCAUCGAUGAUAAUUUCUCAUCAAAAGUAAUCCAAAAGUACUACCCGCGGCAUCCAUCGUUUGUUUUAUCGGGAAAUUCUAUACAUACACUGAAGGCGAUUCUACUUGAAAUAAAAUCUGCGGAAAUAUGGAACGUUAAAUCGCUGUUCUUGAUCAUCGGGACGCAGUGCCAGGAUUCAGUCAAGUUAUUGAAAUUGCUGUGGGGAAUUGAAGCUGUUGCAUCGUUUUUCAUUUGUCGAGAUGAUGCGAGGAAUAGAACUAUGAUCUAUACUUUUAAUCCCUAUUCUAACUAUGCGCCGAGACCUUGGAGACGAGUAGAAAUCGAUAGAGAACCAGGGAAUCAAUGGACGUUAUUUCGUCAACCCUUCAGUAAUGAUCCAACAAUUUGUCAGAGUAUCAAGUUUGACAAAUCCAAACAUUUGAACGGCUUUCCAAUUAGACGUACAGUUCUACUUGGUUACAACAAAGUUAUUAUCGGCAGAGUUCCACCAACAUUAUAUAAUUGGUUAUCACCAGUAGACGUCGCUUUAUUUCAAAAUUUUGAGUUAAUAUCAAACAGCACCCCGGUAGUAUAUAUUACUGAAGAUCCUGAUAUAGAUUGCUUUUACAGUGGUAAAUGUGAUCUCCAAAUACUAUUGUUUACUUUUAAACAGGUCGAAGUAAAUUAUUAUGAUUUUUUGAGCUUUUAUAAUCAGGAAGGGUACGUAAUAGUCACAAACAAGCAAAGCACUGUACUGAUGAUUAAUCAAAUUGUUGAAAAUUAUUUUAAUGUUUGGACAGUUUCUAUCUCUUGCAUUACUUUGAUCGCGAUUUUGAUCGUCAUUUAUAUAAACAAUAACCGAAAUUUACGCGAAGCACUGAUGGAUAUGUUGGCACUGUUCUUAGACAUGGAUUUAAUAGUGCCACUAAAUAGAAUAUCUAUGAAAAUUGCCUUUUUUUCCGCAACGUUGUUCAUGUUGAUGUUCAACCCCGCGUUUCAAAGUCAGGUGACGUCUUAUCUGACAAAGCCGGCUCGUCAGCAGAUCCAUACAUUAGAAGAUUUAUAUCAAAAUAAAUUUCACGUAAAAUACGAUGUUGAAAUUCAUAAGGAAUUGUUAACAAUGAGAUUGUGGUCAAAUAAACUUGAUAAAAAAUAUUUACAUAAACAACGAUACUUUUAUUUUCGCGAUUGUGAAGCUUUCUUGAAAAGGUCUUCAGCCGCUUGUAUCAUAAGUACAAAUGAGCUUUUUGAUAAAUUUCCUGAUGAAUUUCACAUAUCAAAAUACCUGUACUUUAGCGAAUAUAUUGGUGUUACGAUUUUAGUGUUGAUUAUUGAAAUGAUGCACAAAAGAUUCAAAGAUUGGAACGAAAAACGAUUACGGGAAUUGAGGUUCAAAAAAUUGCAGGCUCGCUGGAUGAUCGCAUGCGCCAUUAAACAAAUGGCUGGUGUACCUCAAAAUAUGCAAAAUGUUUAG